GCAGUGGUAGUCUCGUGAAUAACCCCCUGGUGCUCCCGCGCACUUAUACCAAUUCCGACCCUCCAUCUUCAACCUCGCCGCGAAGGUUCUCCGACCUCCGAUGCCGCUUUCGUCUCCGCCGCCGACCGGCACGGAGGAGCUGGACGAUCCUCCACCGUCGUCUAUUACUCAAGAGAAUCCUUCUCCACCAAGCCCCAUUCAACUCCUUCCUGACGAUACCCUUCACCACAUCUUCUCCUGUCUACCCCUUCGCGAAACCCUUGCCUCCCGUUCUGUGUGCCGUCACUUCCACGACUCGCUCUCAUCUCCUUCCUUCCUCUCCCUCCUGCCUCCUCUUCCCCUCCUAGCCCUUCGUCAUCCACGUCAUCACCAUCACAACUAUCACCUUCCACCUUCCCUGCUCGCUUUUGACCCAUCCUCUUCCCGUUGGCUUCGUCUCUCUCUUUCCUUUAUCCCGUUCCCUUCUCUCUCUCCCGUCACGGCCUCGUCUUCCCUUCUGUACCUCUGGGCAGAUCCUGCUCCCUCCACGUCUUCUUCUGAUUCGAAGCCCCCUAAAUCUCUGAUCCUCUGCAAUCCGCUUACCCGAUCUUACCGAAUCUUGCCUCCUCUCGGAUCCGCAUGGUCGCGUCACGGUACCGUCCUCGCUGCCCCCGCCAUCGCCGGCAGCGCUGUUCUGGUCCUUACUGAGCUCGCUGCUUUAUCUUACUCACCAGGAGCUGCUUCCUGGCGGAAGUUCUCGCUUAACCUGCCCUCUAAACCCCGCAGUCCCGUCAUCAUCGGGUCAUCUAUCUUUGCUCUCUGCGAUACUGGCAACCCCUGGCGCAGUCAGUGGAAGCUCUUCUCAUGCUCCAUCGAUGAUCUGGGAGGCCCCCGAGGGUGGGUUCAACUUGAGCGCCAUGAGUGGGGAGAUGUCUUCGAUAUCCUUAAGCGGCCUCGGCUAGUCCGCGGUGCUGGGAUCAGCCGGAUCUUGAUGAUUGGUGGGUUGAGGUCGUCCUUUGCAGUGGACGCUCCGUGCUCUACGGUGUUGAUAUUGAGGCUGGAUUUAGGGACCUUGGAGUGGGAGGAGGUCGGCAGGAUGCCGCCGGAGAUGUACCGGUGCUUUGCAGGAGUUGGGGGACAGCGAGGAGGAGCGGCUGCUACGGCUAAUGCUGUGGGGAAUAAUAAGGUGAAGGUUUUUGGAGGAGAUGGGAGGGUUUGGUUUUCUGGGAAGAGGGUGAGGGGAAAAAUGGCGAUGUGGGAGGAAGAGGAGGAAAUGGAGAAAUGCGCUGGAGUUGGAGGAUCAUGGAAAUGGGUGGAUGGAGCACCCGGUUAUGGGGAGGUGGUGUACAGGGGUUUCGUUUUCGAUGUUGCAGCUAAUGAGGUUUAACGACUGAUCUGUGGUGCUCCAUGUACAGGAACAUCGGUCUGCUAUAAUAUAUGUAAUGGAAGGAGCUCUUCACUGCAACAAACUAGUACCCGUGAUUUACCCAAAAUUUCUCCUACAUUGAGCUAUUAAGGCUAUAGUCUAUGCAGGCAUUAUUUUAGAUACAUUACAAUUGUGUUGGUUCAGCUGUAAACUGAAUUUCUGGUUUUGCAUUCGUGUAAUGUUUGGGAUUCUGAAAAUCUUCUAGGAUAUUAAUACAGUGAUGAAGAGCAGCGCUAUAUGCAAUCUUUUAUUUGUUU